GACAAUUAGAGACAGAGACUGCCAGUCCCAGUGCGCUCACCACUGUGUCGCGGUUCGUGAUUGCUGCGAGGCUCGUGAGGCGAAUCCGAGUCUAUAACAGCGCCGAUCUCGCACCGAAUGCAUGCUGGUCGAGCAUUCGACAGAAUUCUUCGAGUGUGUGAGCGCAAAAUUUGUUCAGGGCUGUUUUGAUACAGAUGGGGCCCGAUCGGGACCGGAACUGGUGCCCGCAUCGCGCCAGGACUCAUCAUUGCAUGUUGUGCCAGAUUUCGUCGCUAAAAGGAUGUUCCCAUUCGGCUCUUUGCGAGGUGCGUGCGUACAUUUCAAUUGAACGAUUUGAAGUGGAAAGCGACGGUUCUGUACCGCACUUGUGGACAAUCGCAUCGUACGUGCUUUU